AUGAAUCUCCUGGACCCCUUUAUGAAGAUGACCGACGAGCAGGAGAAGGGCCUGUCCGGCGCCCCCAGCCCCACCAUGUCCGAGGACUCGGCGGGCUCGCCCUGCCCUUCGGGCUCCGGCUCAGACACGGAGAACACGCGGCCCCAGGAGAACACGUUCCCUAAGGGCGAGCCGGACCUGAAAAAGGAGAGCGAGGAAGACAAGUUCCCCGUGUGCAUCCGCGAGGCCGUCAGCCAGGUGCUCAAGGGCUACGACUGGACACUGGUGCCCAUGCCCGUGCGCGUCAAUGGCUCCAGCAAGAACAAGCCGCACGUCAAGCGGCCCAUGAACGCCUUCAUGGUGUGGGCGCAGGCGGCGCGCAGGAAGCUGGCGGACCAGUACCCGCACCUGCACAACGCCGAGCUCAGCAAGACGCUCGGCAAGCUCUGGAGGCUGCUGAACGAGAGCGAAAAGAGGCCCUUCGUGGAGGAGGCGGAGCGGCUGCGAGUGCAGCACAAGAAGGACCACCCGGACUACAAGUACCAGCCGCGGCGCAGGAAGUCGGUGAAGAACGGGCAGGCGGAGGCGGAGGAGGCCACCGAGCAGACGCACAUCUCCCCCAACGCCAUCUUCAAGGCGCUGCAGGCCGACUCACCGCACUCCUCCUCUGGCAUGAGCGAGGUGCACUCGCCCGGCGAGCACUCGGGGCAAUCCCAGGGCCCACCGACCCCACCCACCACCCCUAAGACCGACGUGCAGCCUGGCAAGGCUGACCUGAAACGAGAGGGGCGCCCCCUGCCCGAGGGGGGCAGACAGCCCCCCAUCGACUUCCGCGACGUGGACAUCGGCGAGUUGAGCAGCGACGUCAUCUCCAAUAUUGAGACCUUCGACGUCAACGAAUUUGACCAGUACCUGCCGCCCAACGGCCACCCUGGGGUGCCGGCCACGCACAGCCAGGUCACCUACACGGGCAGCUACGGCAUCAGCAGCACCGCGGCCACCCCGGCGAGCGCGGGCCACGUGUGGAUGUCCAAGCAGCCGCACACGCUGACCACGCUGAGCAGCGAGCCAGGCCAGUCGCAGCGAACGCACAUCAAGACCGAGCAACUGAGCCCCAGCCACUACAGCGAGCAGCAGCACUCCCCACAGCAGAUCGCCUACAGCCCCUUCAACCUCCCGCACUACAGCCCCUCGUACCCACCCAUCACCCGCUCGCAGUACGACUACACAGACCACCAGAACUCCGGCUCCUACUACAGCCACGCGGCGGGCCAGGGCUCCGGCCUCUACUCCACCUUCACGUAUAUGAACCCCGCACAGCGGCCCAUGUACACCCCCAUCGCCGACACCUCCGGGGUCCCCUCCAUCCCGCAGACCCACAGCCCCCAGCACUGGGAACAGCCGGUCUACACACAGCUCACCAGACCUUGA